AUGUCCACGUUCAAGGUCGUGAUUAUUGGGGGAAGUGUCGCUGGUUUGACUCUUGCAAAUAUUCUCGAGCGGUACAAGAUCGACUAUAUCGUCCUUGAGAAACAUGCCACCAUCGCACCCCAGCUCGGCGCGAGCAUUGCAACACUUCCUCACGGAGCCAGAAUCUUGGAUCAGCUUGGUAUUUUCUCUCGAGUAGAGGAUGUAUCAAUGCCGGUGCAUGAAACUGAGAACCUGGGUCCUGAUGGGGUCGCACUGGGCUUGUCUGAGCCGUUUGGUGAUUUGCUGGAGGAACUGCUCGGCUAUCGGAUGCGAUUUAUGGAUCGGCAGCAGUUACUUCAAGUUCUAUUCGACGGGAUUCAAGACAAGUCCAAGAUACAUACGAACAGUGAAUGCGUCAAAAUCGAAGAGCUAGAAGAUAGUGUGCAAGUCGCCCUUACGGAUGGUUCCAUUAUUCGUGGAGAUGUCCUGGUCGGGGCCGAUGGAGUGCAUAGUCGCAUAAGGGGCGAGCUCUGGAGAAUUGCCCGGUCUGAGACAUCAGAUUACCCGGUCUCGGAAAUGAGUCAAUCCAUCCGAUGCCAGUACAAAUGCAUGUUCGGCAUAUCAAAGCGCGUCGAAGGAAUUCCGGACAACAAAUCUUUCAAAUGCUACCACAAGGGUCGGUCUUAUCUGUGUUCUGGCGGCCAGGAUGGCAAGUUCUAUUGGUUUGUUUUUGUCAAAAACCCUGAAGUCACCAUCCAUACCACUAUCCCUCGAUACAAGGCCCAGGAUGCGGAAAAUCUGGCAGCUGAAAUUGCGGACGAUCCCCUUUUCCUUGAUGUCACCUUCAAAGAUCUCUACAAGAAUCGAAUGAGCUGCGUUCUUGUGCCACUUGAGGAGUUUGUGUUGAAAACAUGCUUCUUUAAGCGAGCUAUCUUGAUUGGAGACUCCUUCCACAAGAUGAACCCACUUCUGGGCCAAGGAGGAAACUCAGCGAUCGAAUCAGCUGGUCUUUUGGCCGAUCUCUUAAAGAGCACCCUCGACAAGAACCCGCAUCCAGACAACGACACACUUCAGCGGAUCUUCCAAGAAUUUCAAGAGGAGAGAUGUCCUAGGGCUACCAGCCUUAUGGAGACAACGAAGAAGGUACAGCAGAUGGAGAUACUCGAGAGCCCUAUCCUGGAGUUUCUACAGCUCAAAGUCUUCGGCCAGCUUGGCGGAGAACAACUCGGUCCUAUCUUAACAGCUCAUUCAAAUUCGGCUCGUACUUUGAAAUACUUGCCAAAGACGUAUAGACGCGGGGUGGUACCGUUGGAUGAACAAGUCAAGGCGAAUCCUCACGACCGACCAGCUAUUGCUACUGCCCUCUGGGUGGGAUUGAUGCUAUUGACCGCAUUAUUCGGCCCGCUUCUAUCUCGAUACUUGGGUCUCGCACCGAGCCCAGAUUCCACUGUCCCUGUACCAUUGCACAAUUACCUUUUUGUCACUGCAAUUUCGAUCACUGGACUAUGGACUGUUGAGUCGUAUCGCUCAAGUUUUCUGAUUUCACCUCUGUUCAGCGCGAUCCCAUUCAUCAUCGCUUCGACUGCAUUUGGGUGGCAGAUUAUCUUACCGAUUUACUUCGCCCUCCACAUCUACCUCACCGGACGUCGAUCAUUCUAUCACCCUUCCCCUCGUGGUAUCAAUCCCUGGGCAGCAAGAGCACUGCCGGUGGCUCUAUUAACCUACACGCCCUGUAUUUUCAAGAUUCUGGUUCCAUCUAGCUGGAGUGGUCGAGGAGGCCUGCCAAAUUCUGGAUGGUCACCCUCUAUGGUUUAUAUCGCUCUGCCCAUAAUACUUCACAUUGGCAAGCUGUUCUACCAAACCGGCGCCACGAAGUUGACUGUCGGCCAAUUGUUAUACUCGACAAGAGACAUGAAAUACCUCUCUCGAUUCUUUGGCAUCAUUCUGGUUCUCUCAAGCACCGCUCAUUUGGUGCUCGUUGGCAGACUAAUAUCAUAUUCUGAUUCGACUGCCUUCAAAGCUAUGACAGUACCAUCUGUGGAGCUGGUGCAGCUCGUCUCGCUGGCAAUCUCCGUCGUUGCAUGGUGCUGUUUCAUGAUCUGGGAUAUGGGACGAGUGAACCUGACAACGAAAUCUCCACUUGUGAUGUUAUUCGGCAGCUUCAUUGCUUGCAUUCUUGUUGGACCGGGUGCUGUGUUGGCAGCAUUAUGGCGGUGGCGGGAGUGUGAGUUGGAACAUGGCAAAAAGGCAGAGAUUGACUAG